AUGAUGGAAGAGUUAGGGCGGGAUGCGCAGAAAUGGGCCAACACGAUCGCUGACAAAGGAUACCUUCAAUACAGUGAGACGACAGGUGUAGGUGAAAGUAUCACUUUCCUUGAAUUAAACGGGAAGCAGCCGUCAGGAAAUGAACUCGCCAAAUCAUGGUACGCUGAAAUUGAACAGUAUGAUUUUGAUAAUCCACGUUGGAGAAAAGGUGCCAAACAUUUCACGCAGAUGUUGUGGAAAGGAACCACGGAGAUUGGGCCGGUAGCUUUUCUAACCUUCUUAAACUGUACGUCAUACCCGAAAAUAUUCAUUUUCUUUUCUUUCUUUUUUAGUUUAUAUCUCCCGGAAUACCACAUUACCGAAUCCCCCAUUACCGAAUCUCCCAUUACCGAAUCCCCCUUUACCGAAUCUCCCAUUACCGAAUCCCACAUUUCCGAAUCCCCCAUUACCAAAUCACCCAUUACCGAAUCUCCCAUUACCGAAUCCCCCAUUACCGAAUCCCCCAUUACCGAAUCACCCAUUACCGAAUCUCCCAUUACCGAAUCACCCAUUACCGAAUCUCCCAUUCCCGAAUCCCACAUUACAGAAGCUCCCUUUCCCGAAUCCCACAAUACCGAAUCUUCCAUCACCGAAUCCCCCAUUACUGAAUCCCAAAUUACCGAAUCCCACAUUACCGAAUCCCCUAUUACCGAAUCCCGCAUGGCCGAAUCCCGCAUGGCCGAAUCACACAUUACCGAAUCUCCCAUUACCGAAUCUCCCAUUAUCGAAUCCCGCAUGGCCGAAUCACACAUUACCAAAUCUCCCAUUACCGAAUUCCACAUUUCCGAAUCCCACAUUACCAAAUCUCCCAUUACCGAAUCACACAUUACCGAAUCACCCAUUACUGAAUCAUCCAUUAACGAAUCCCCUAUUACCGAAUCACCCAUUACAGAAUUCCCCAUUACCGAAUUCCCCAUUACCGAAUCUCCCAUUACCGAAGCCCACAUUACCGAAGCCCAUAUUACCGAAUCUCACAUUACCGAAAAAAACAUUACCAAAUCUCCCAUUACUGAAACCAACAUUACCGAAUCUCCCAUUACCGAAUCUCCCAUUACCGAAUCCCGCAUAACCGAAUCUCCCAUUACCGAAUCCCCCAUUACCGAAUCUCCCAUUACCGAAUCCACCAAUUCCCGAAUCCCUCAUUACCAAAUCUUCCAUUACCGAAUCUCCCGUUACCGAAUCACCCAUUACCGAAUCUCACAUUACCGAAUCCAACAUUACCGAAUCCCCCAUUGCCGAAUCCCCCAUUACCGAAUCCCACAUUACCGAAUCCAACAUUACCGAAUACCCCAUUACCGAAUCCAACAUUACCGAAUCCCACAUUACCGAAUCCAACAUUACCGAAUCUCCCAUUACCGAAUACCCCAUUACCGAAUCCAACAUUACCGAAUAGCCCAUUACCGAAUCCAACAUUACCGAAUCCCACAUUACCGAAUCUCCCAUUACCGAAUCCCCCAUUACCGAAUCCCACAGUACGAAUCCCACAUUACCGAAUCCAACAUUACCGAAUCCAACAUUACCGAAUCACCCAUUACCGAAUCUCCCAUUUCCGAAUCCCCCAUUGCCGAAUCCCCCAUUGCCGAAUCCCCCAUUGCCGAAUCCCCCAUUACCGAAUCCAACAUUACCGAAUCCAACAUUACCGAAUCUCCCAUUACCUAA